AUGGCAUACCGAAGGUUGUGGCGAACAGCCACUGCAUUCCUCUGUGUACUCUUAGUAGUCAUAACUACAAUUGGUUAUAGUCGGUUCACGGACGCCUCGGUGUUCCAGCCGGCUGACUUCAGCGACGGUGAUCCGUCGAUAAACACCGCAUCCGCUGUGACACGCAGAAUCGCCCCUGCUGUGUCGGAAGAAUCUCUUCGAUACGUUCCACGUGAUACUGAACAGAUAUGGAAAGAGCGUGGCUACGUUAUUGUGUUCGGCAUACCUUCUGCGGAUAGCGAUGCGCGGCAGAGGCGCCGCCACCUCCAGCGGUCGACGUGCUGGCGGUUCCCCGGUGUGGCGACGAAAGCAAACAACUUCACCGGUGCGAUGCUGGUGCUUUACGUGCUUGCGCGGCACCCGUCGCACAACUUCACGUACUCCGCGACGCUGGAGGCGGAGGCGGCGGAGUGGCACGAUGUGAUUGCGCUGCCGAUGAAUGAGGGGCGCCCAUCGACCAACAAGACGAUUGGUGGUGGAAAGUGGGGCAAUGAGGCUGAGAUCGGGCUGAGCCGCAAGGUGUUCCGGUGGUUCGACAUGGCACUGCGGCUGUUCCCGACUGUGACAUACUUCGCGAAGGGUGACGACGACAUGUUUCUGCGCGUGCCGCAGUACCUCGCCGACCUGCGCUCACUGCCGCGCAGAGGGCUGUUUUGGGGGGCGCCUGGUUCUGGCACAAUUCGAAAAGGUCAUGUUACUCAUCGGUUUCGUUUCUUUGCGGGAAUGCUCUACACUCUUGCGAGGGAUGUGGUGCAGCAGCUUGUGUCGUUUGAGCCUGUGCGACGGCUGGUGCAUGUGCCGUACACAAAAAAAAAUGAGAGAGAGUUUUUCUCUUAUAAGAUGCAGUACGAGGAUGUGAUGGUGGGGCAGAUACUACGGCUGGAGGUGCGAUACUCCGCACUGGUGGUUGUGGAAGAUUGUUGGUACCGUUUUCAUGCUGGGCGAGACCGAACAGGGAAGCUUCGAGCUAAAUUUAUGUCUGUCGUACUUCACCUCCCACCGGAGAAUAGUUAUGGGAAGUUAAUGAAGCUUUUUGGGAGCGACACGUUGCCAAGUACAGUGCUGUGGAAGUGGCGCAAUCCUGGGCUGAUUCAAUUCUUUUGUUAA